AUAUAUCCAUGCGUUUUGCUGUGGGGAAAAAGCUUGGAUUUUGGGGGCACUUCAGGCAGAUGCGCGGUUCCAUGUUUAAUUUCACAAGUAUUUGCAGGGUCCCAGCUCCACUUGUAAGUGUUUUUGGUGUUCAUGCUAGGUUUGGGCUUCCUUGGUAAAUCUGCUGAAUACCUCGCGAGGGACAAAGACAGGAUCUGUCCAGUUCUUUUUUUUUACUUGUGCAAGACAGAAGAUUAUGUAAUCCCUAUUACAAAACGGAAAGGAUUCCAAAUACACAAACUACUUCUGCGUAAUAACAAUAUUUAUCCAGUCAAGCAGCAGCUUAUGGAGAACACGAUGGCGGCCAAGCGGAGCUGGAUGGAGCACCAUCGUGUGCUCAGCGACGACUCCUCCUUUCACAUGGAAGACCUCCCGGAGCAGCAGCCGCAACUUAUGGAGAACGUGGCGGUGGCCAAGCGGAGCAGGCUGGAGCAACACCGCACGCUCAGUGACAACUCCUUCCGUGUGGAGGAUCUCCCUGAGGAAAUUCAAUCUCUUCUAUUAUCUCUGCUGUCACUGAAAGAGGCUGCUAGUACAAGCAUCGUGUCGAGAAACUGGAGAAAACUUUGGACACGGUAUCCUAAUCUAUGCUUUGAUGGCAGCAAGGACGGGCCUGCUGAUAUGGAUAGUGUGAAAAUAGAAAGAAUGAAGUUCAUUGAUACAGUAAAUUCUAUUAUUCAGCAACACAGUGGAAUAGGGCUCAAUAAAUUCAGUAUCAGGUGCAACCUUCUGAAGGACGACUCAGACAUUCUUGAUAGGUGGAUUCGCUUUGCCACUGCAUCAAAGGCUAAGAUUAUAGAUAUGAACCUGUGCACAAAUAGAAAUAAUAAAGGACCAACCAAACAUUUGUAUGACUUCCCUCUUGAGGCUUUCGGUGAUCAAGAUAUCCCUUUUAUCCAGUGCUUGUUUCUCAACAAUGUUUCUAUAAAGCCACACUCGGAUAUUGGCUUUACGAAACUCAGGAGCCUUCAUUUGCACUGUGUUCAAAUAAUUGGAGAUCUUUCAGGCUUGCUAUUUAAUUGCUCCAGUCUUGAGGACUUGGAGGUCUUUGCGUGCUUGGGUGUGACUGCUCUGAAUAUUCCACACCAACUCAAUAAACUUAGGCAUUUGCUAAUUUGUAAUAUGCGUAUCCAGAUGCUGGAGUUUCAUGUUCCUGGUCUUUCUCAUUUUGAAUACAAAGGUACUAUGAUUCCUAUAAUGCUUCAUGGUUGCUCAAAAUUACAGAAGGCAACCCUGAAUUUUCACCAGACAUGGCUUGAAGAAGAUAAUAAUAAAGUAUUGGGCCAUGUAUUCCAUGGAAUUCCCAGUGUUUCGGCAGUUGAGGUGCUCAAUUUACUUGUUGAUAUUUGCACAAAGCAAUCGGUCUGGUCCUCACAGGUGCAUACGUUGACAGCAAGACCAACAAUCAUGUUUAUGAAUUUGAAGCAUCUGACUUAUGAGAUACUUAUUUUUACUAAAGAUCCAAACAGCCACAGUGGAGUUCUUCAGCUGGCUCAGUAUUUAGCUUUUGCACCGCAGCUGGAGACUCUAGAAUUGCAUAUGUUGUAUCAUUCGACUCACUGCCGCUGCUGGCAUGAGGGUGCGGGAGUCUCCUACGGACAUAUGCCCCAUCAUCACCUCAAGAUGGUCUACAUGAGUGGGUUCAGGUGCUACCGGGCUCAGGUCGAGCUGCUGUUUGCCAUUCUUGAAAUGGGUGAUGAGCUUGAGCAUGUGACCAUUGAUCCAAUGACGAGAGUACCGUAUAGCCCUGAUUUGAUGAAUUUAGGCAUACCUGAGGACGAGAUAUGUCAAUGGGCGAACCGUACCUCACAACGGUUUGGUAAAGCAAUCUCUGUUGUAAAACCUCCCUAGGUGGUGUUGGUAGUCCUGUGCAUAUACGACUUAUUACCACCUAGAUAAGUGUUUGUUCAGAUUCAGUACUGAAAUUGCUGACACAGGGGUUUCUGUUUUGUUUCCAUGAGUAAAUUGUUUUUUAUUUUAUUGUUUGACAAUAAAAGGCUUGGACUUGUUUCUUAAUUUUGUGACAACUUUCAUAUGUCAGUUUUAUUUACGAGUGAAGUACACAAUUGAUUCUUA